CACGAACGGUGUGGCGUGGAACCCGGCUGUUAUUUCUCGCUUUCGAUCGAUGGUCUCCUGGAGAGUGUCUGAUUUUGACUGUCGACCCGGUUUUGGUGGCGGGGACUGCGUUUCAAGUGCCCUGAAAUUUUGAAGACCGAACACCCAAGAAUCUAGGAAUGCAGCUAUGGAGAAGCAGAGGCACGGUCUGCCUGUUCUGUGCGUUCCGUCCUCCGGUGUCUACGGCGCAGCGGGCGUUUACGACGUCGCUGGGGCUGCAAGGAGCGAGGCUGAAGCACAAGGGGAAGAAGGGUCGUGAGAAAAGCCCUGCUGAAAAGCCAUCGCAAUCGCUCGGGAGGAGAACGCUUACCCCAGCCUUCCCGGAUGUUGUCCAGUCUGCUCUUCUCGAGCUCCAGAAGGAGGUCGAGCGCAAAGAUCCGUCGAUGGCGGGAUGGACGCGGUUUGAACGCCAUGUCACAAACGCCUGCGAGCUGGACGCAUCGCGACAUAGGGGGAAAUGGUCGUCGUUGCUGAGCACCAAAACGCAACUGCAGCAGGCGUUCAUGGAACGAGGACAGAAGGGAGUGUCGGAGGCGCUCCAGGAACUCUAUAAAGCGGAGGAAUUCACCAACAACUAUUCGGCGCCGAAUUUGGAGCAGCACCGGAAAAUUACCGACCUGCGCUACCCCCCCGAGUGGUAUCCCCAGGCUCGCUCGAUGCAGCGGGUAAUCCAUCUGCACGUUGGGCCGACCAACUCCGGAAAGACAUAUCAUGCAUUGAAGCGGCUGGAGCAGUGUCGGAACGGGUUCUACGCGGGACCGCUGCGUCUACUUGCACAGGAGGUGUACCAUCGGUUCAAGGAUAAGGGUGUCCCAUGCAGUCUGGUCACAGGCGAUGAGGUCAAGCUCCCGGAGGAAGGCCACUCCAGGAUUGUGAGCAACACAGUCGAGAUGGUGAGCUUUGCCGACCAGUACGAUGUCGGCGUGAUAGAUGAGAUUCAGAUGAUCGCGGACCCCCAUCGGGGAUGGGCCUGGACGCGAGCGGUGCUCGGCUCGCGUGCAGCAGAACUACACCUCUGUGGUGAAACCAGAUCGGUGCCUCUCAUCCGGGAACUGGCUGCGUUAACGGGCGACAAGCUCGAAAUUCACCGCUACGAGAGACUGAACCCGCUGAAGGUGGCUGGCCAGAGUCUGAAGGGUAACCUCAAUAACCUCCAAAAGGGAGAUUGCCUGGUCUCGUUUUCCCGGGUCGGAAUCCAUGCGCUGAAAUCCGAUAUCGAAAAGAUGACCGGCCGGCGCGCAGCGAUCGUCUACGGAGGGUUACCAGCCGAGAUCCGCACACAGCAGGCCAACUUGUUUAAUGACCCGAACAACGACUAUGAUUUCUUGGUUGCUAGUGACGCAAUCGGCAUGGGUCUUAAUUUGAGCUGCAAGCGUGUGAUCUUCGAGACACUGGUGAAACGAAAUGCCAGCGGCCUCGUCCGCCUGACUGUGCCUGAGAUCAAGCAGAUCGGAGGGCGUGCUGGCCGAUACCGGGCGGCUAAUCAAUCCCAAGGAUCGAACAAAGCGGGCGACGACAACAGCAACGUGGGCUGGGUGACGGCGCUGGAGGACGUAGAUCUCCCUUAUAUCCGCCAGGCGAUGGAUGUCGAGCCUCCGCCUCUGCAGGCCGCGGGAAUCCUCCCUCCGGAUGAGGUCUAUCAACGCUUCUCGGAAUACUUCCCGCGCAACGUCCCCAUCCAGUACCUCGUCAAGCGGGUGAUGGGUAUUGCACGGGUGAAUUCGCCGUUCUUCCUAUGCGAGCCUCAAAACCAGCUGAUGAAUGCCACCAUCCUGGACACCGUUCCAGAUCUCCGAAUUGAGGACCACCUCACCUUCUUGGCCGCCCCCUUGUACGUGAGAGACCCGGAUGCCCGCGAGGCCGCGACCGCUUUCAUCCGAUGUGUGUCCCAGCACGCCGGGGGUCGUCUCGUGGACUUUUCCGAGCUGCACCUGGAGGUGCUCGAGCAGCCCGUCUCCGGCCUCAAGACGUACAUGACCGAGCUCGAGAGUCUACACAAGUCCCUCAUCUUGUACCUGUGGCUGAGUUUCCGCUUCGGCGGGGUCUUCACUGACCGAUCCCUCGCGUCUCACGUCAAAGAACUGGUCGAGGAGCGAAUGAUGUGUGCGCUGGCCGAAUUCUCCUCCAGCCUGAAGCUUCGCAAGGACGCCUCCCUCCGGCGCCAGAUCGCGCUGGCCAAGCAAAUCCACCUGCAGAAGAUGCUCCUCGCCGAGGAUGACACAGACCCCGACGAAGAAGACGAGAUGCCGCUCGGUCUCGACUCCGAAUCCAACCCGGACAUAUCCUUCAUCGAAGAGACGGACAGAGGUGUCUCGUCUUCUUCACCUAAUGCCUAAGAACGCGUGUGGCUUUCUGUAUAUUACUCAAGACUGAUGGUGCCCAUCACUCAAUAGACUUGUACAACAUGUAUCAUACGCUAUAUACUCUAUUCAAUCAUGGAAAUCAAAUGCAUAA